GUUAUUGAUCAGCGAGAACUAUGACCCACGAAUAUAAAGUAAUUGAUUAGAUAUUGUUGUCCAAUGAACUCCUCGUAUAGUAAUUUUGGUAGCCAAUAUAACAAUUACUACGCAUCAGGAAUUCCCUCUGAUGUGAAAGCUCAUGGGUGUUUAAUGAUCCUAGCAUGGGGUUUCUGUAACCCAAAUGCGAUCAUCAUUUCGAGGCACUUCAAGAAAGGUUGGCCAGGUCGGACAAUAAAUAACUUCGCUUACUGGUUUCAGUUUCACAUUAUUUUGCAGUCAUUUACCCUUGCAUUUGUUUUAUUGGCACUAAUGAUUAUUGUUGUACAUGUUAUGGGCUACUCAAAUUUAAAUGCUCUUCCCUUCAGCGCUCACCCAGCGUGUGGAUUUGCUAUCGUUGUGCUUACUUUCUCAAAUCCUAUUGUUGCAUGGUUUCUCUGCACGACCACUGGUCGUCAGAGAGCUAUUACGAAAUAUGUUCAUCAGGUGGCUGGAAUUUUGUCCCAGACGCUUGCAGUCCCGACUGCCUUAAUUGGACUACAGAUGCCCGCUUUGGGAUAUGGUAUUUGUUCAUCAAAGCUAUAUUCGACACUUUUUGCUAUUACUGUUGUUCUUAACGUCAUCACUGAAAUAACUCUUGAAUUUAUUGGAUACAAAAUCAGAAAAAAUGUCAAAAUUGUGCGGUCGUUUCUAAACAUUCAAGCUGAUGAAGCUGACAAACUGCUCGCUCGGAUUGAAGAAGAUCCAAAACGUGGAGCUACAUUUUUAGAACACUAUAGAACAGAACUUAAUCAAAGGUCCAAAAGAGGUGUACCAAAAGAAAUUACCAAAAACCACACAUGUUGCAGGUUGAUCGUAUUAUAUUUGAAAAGUCAAGCUUAUCCUACAUGUACCUCAAUGAUGGCUAAUUAUUUCUCUAAGCAUAUGAUUAGAAAAAUAGAAGGUACCGUUUAAUUAAUUUUAACAUGCCAAUCAAGUUACAAAAAACUACUUAAAAGAGGAAUCCAUCUCAUAUAUAUAUGAUAAAUUAUAAGCUAACGAUUAAUUGUACUAGUAUGUGGAGAAUUGUAGACUAAGGGGCUCUCAUAGUUUAGAUCAUGAAUUGAUCACAGCCAAAUUAUAUUUAAGAACCUAGGGUGAUGCGACAGUUGUUUCGUCAUAAUAAGAGAUUCCUAAGCAGUGUGCACCCCUGACGACUCUGUAUCCUGGAAGCGAACCCAGGGUAUUUGAUCUAUGGCACAAACCCUUAACCUAUAAACCACUGAACCAACAUCCAACUGUGUAUGUGUCAUACCUCAGCCAUUUCCUGCUGUGGAUAACUGUCUCACACCUAAAAUGACUGAAAUACACUAGUCACAGCUUUUCACUAGAACUCCAGUAGCGACCGAAAGUCCUGGGCUUGGUUUUUUGAUGCAUACCACUGAGUAGUCUCAUACUAAAAAGAAACAAUUAUCUGGUGCUUCCAUAUUCUUAACGGUGAUCUCACUUAAAUCAGUUCAUGACUUAAACUCAGAGAAUUAUUGUAUGUUUGUUGGAAUUUGAAGUUAUGUGGAGUUGGACUACAUAAUUUUUAGGUAAUAAUAACUAGUCAAAUUUUAACAAUAGACAAUUAUGAGUUCACCUAUGUUACCACAUAUGUAUGAUCGUAUAAUAUUUAAAGAUGAACUCUACGACAAUAAUCACUUCACUUGAUAAAAGGAGAUUUAAUGACCUGUGGGGUAUUAUAUUACUGUCUAUGAAUCACACGACCUGUGCUCCUCCAGGAGGGCUAACAGGCGAUGAUUUACAGCUUGUAAUUAUGUAAAAUCCACGUCUUGGCUAAAUUCUUAUAGAGUAGCUGUAAUUCGUGGAUAAAUUAUUUCACCAACACCAACCAACGUACGCUUGACAAGUUAUCGUUAGCAUCCAUAUACAGUGUAAAACUACUAUUUCGGAGGGUUGUAUUUCAGAACUCUGCUUUCCAUUCAUCUAACAUUUGAACCUGGUUUUGGAUUAUUAAUAGUGACAAUGAUCAAUUUGCUUCCACCUUUAAGUACCUGCGUCAUUCAAAUGAGCUGUAUAUAAUUAAAAUUGUGAAAUAGAUUUCAUGUAUUCCGCAUGCGUAAUAGCAUUAUAACUAGUAAACGAGUAUCUUUUUUUCCCAUAAAUGGAUUAUCAUGACACUAUUUAAUUAACAUAUUUGUAACCUUUCAAAAAAUUAUCUUAGUCAUAAAUUAUUCAGUUGUUGUACUGUAGAAAAUAUUACAAUUAAGAAUCAGGCCUUUCAAAGAAAUCCCUAUUUCAACGGUUUUUCUUGAAAAUUCAUAUGGACUCAUCUCUCAAAUGUAUUUGUUCAUCAGCAUAAGACAUAUUGGAUACGCCUUAUACUUUACUGUAAGUCAGUUAAACACCACUUAGAGGCUGAUGCGUACUUUAAUAUAAUAAGCCAAGUUGUAAAAACUGUUACGCAUGAAUUGAAUAAAACUUACUUACUUAUGCCUGUUACUCCUCGUGGAGGAGCAUGGGCCGCUCACCAGCUUUCUCUAUCAAACUCUGUUCUGGGCAAUCCUCUCCAGUUGUUUCUAACUGCUAUUCCUUCUUUUAAUGCCUACAUUAGAUUCCCGACGCGAUGUGCUAUUUCGUCUUCAGGAUUCCAAGUUAGCACUUGCCUCGUGAUGCAGUUUGAUGACUUC